AUGGCCCCUAAGAUGGCUAAAAUCAAAAACAGAGGACAAGAGAGAUAUCUACAAGCCAACAACAGAGAACUCAACACAAUUUUUGGAUAUCCAGACAAUACCAUCAAGACCUCAAAAUAUACUGCCUUAAACUUCUUGCCUCUGAACCUAUUUGAACAGUUCCAGAGACUUGCAAAUGCAUAUUUCCUCAUUUUGCUAUUCCUACAGUUGAUUCCCCAGAUCUCUUCCUUGACAUGGUACACAACGGUGAUACCGCUGAUGGUGGUGCUGUCCAUAACAGGAGUGAAAGAUGCCAUCGAUGACCUGAAAAGGCACCAAAAUGACAAUCAAGUCAACAACCGUUCUGUUCUACGGCUAGUGAAUGGCAGGAUGGAGGAGGACAAAUGGAUGAAUGUCCAAGUGGGAGAUAUAAUAAAACUAGAAAAUAAUCAGCCUGUCUCAGCAGAUAUACUAUUGCUCUCUAGCAGUGAGCCAUACAGUCUGACGUUCAUAGAAACUGCAGAGCUGGAUGGUGAAACUAACUUGAAAGUGAAGCACGCCAUCUCAGUUACCCGUGUUGUGGAAGAUAACCUGAAGUUUCUGUCUGCCUUUGAUGGAGAAGUGAGGUGUGAGCCUCCUAAUAACAGACUGGACAGAUUCACAGGAAAACUGACCUAUAAGGGAGAAAACUACCUCCUGGACCAUGACAAGCUGCUACUCCGAGGCUGCAUCGUCAGGAAUACAGAUUGGUGCUAUGGUUUGGUGAUUUAUACAGGACCAGACACCAAAUUAAUGCAGAAUUGUGGAAAGUCCACCUUUAAACGGACACAGAUAGACCAUCUCAUGAAUGUGCUUGUGCUCUGGAUUUUCCUGCUUUUAGUCAUCAUGUGUUUUAUCCUAGCAAUUGGGCAUGGCAUUUGGGAGAACAAGACAGGCUACUAUUUCCAGAUUUUUUUGCCAUGGGAAGAAUAUCUCUCUUCAUCAGCUACCUCUGCCAUCCUCAUGUUCUGGUCCUAUGUCAUUAUUCUCAACACCAUGGUGCCUAUUUCCCUCUACAUCAGUGUUGAAAUAAUAAGAUUGGGCAACAGUUACUAUAUCAACUGGGAUCGGAAGAUGUUUUACGCACCAAAGAACACACCAGCACAGGCUCGCACCACUACCCUUAAUGAGGAGCUUGGCCAGGUCAAAUAUGUGUUCUCCGACAAAACAGGGACCCUGACUCAGAACAUCAUGAUUUUCAACAAGUGUUCUAUUAAUGGAAAGAUCUAUGGUGAUACCCGUGACAAGAAUGGACAGAGGCUGAGAGUCUCUGAGGUGUUCCAGAAAGAAAAGGUUGACUUCUCCUACAACAAACUGGCUGAUGCUAAGUUUUCAUUUUAUGACAAGACUUUGGUGGAAGCAGUGAAAAAGGGAGAUCACAGCGUGCACUUGUUUUUCCUCUCACUCUCCUUGUGUCAUACCGUGAUGUCAGAAGAGAAAGUGGAAGGUAUGCUGGUGUACCAGGCUCAGUCCCCAGAUGAAGGUGCCCUGUGCACUGCUGCCAGAAACUUUGGCUUUGUGUUCCGUUCCCGCACAUCUGAGACAAUCACAGUGGUCAAAAUGGGGAAAACUAAAGUCUACCAACUGCUGGCUAUUUUGGACUUCGACAAUGUGCGCAAGAGGAUGUCUGUUAUUGUGCGGACACCUGAAGAUCAGCUGAUGUUGUUCUGCAAGGGUGCAGACACCAUCAUCUGUGAGCGGCUUCAUCCAUCCUGUAGACCCCUCAGUGAUGUGACCAUGGAACAUUUAGAUGAUUUUGCCAGUGAAGGCCUUCGCACUCUUAUGGUGGCCUACCGAGAGUUAGAUGAUGCAUUCUUCCAGUCCUGGAGCAAGAAGCACAGUGAAGCCUACCUGUCUUUGGAGAAUCGUGAAGAUAAAUUAUCAAGUGCCUAUGAAGAGAUUGAAAGAGACUUGAUGCUAUUAGGGGCCACAGCCAUAGAAGACAAGCUGCAAGAUGAAGUACCUGAGACAAUCUUCACCCUGAACAAAGCCAAGAUUAAAAUAUGGGUUUUAACUGGAGAUAAGCAAGAGACUGCCGUGAACAUUGCCUACUCCUGUAAUAUAUUUGAGGAUGAAAUGGAUGGGAUGUUCUUUGUGGAAGGCAGAGAUAGUGAGACUGUUCAUCGAGAGCUCAGGGAAGCAAGGAACAAGAUGAAACCCGAGUCUCUACUGGAAUCAGACCCAGUAAACAUUUACCUAACCCGGAAGCACAAAAUUCCUUUCAAAGUACCUGAGGAGGUGCCCAAUGGCAACUAUGGCUUGAUCAUCAAUGGCUACAGUCUGGUCUAUGCUCUAGAAGAGAACCUGGAGCUGGAACUGCUGCGAACGGCAUGCAUGUGCAAGGGAGUGAUCUGCUGCCGGAUGACACCCCUUCAGAAGGCCCAGGUGGUAGAGCUGGUGAAGAGGUACAAGAAGGUGGUGACACUGGCCAUCGGGGAUGGGGCCAAUGACGUCAGCAUGAUCAAAGCUGCCAACAUUGGGGUCGGUAUCUGCGGCCAUGAAGGGAUGCAGGCCAUGCUCAAUAGUGAUUUCGCCUUUUGCCAGUUCCGCUAUCUCCAGCGUCUACUCUUGGUCCAUGGCCGCUGGUCUUAUAAUCGCAUGUGCAAGUUUCUCAGCUACUUCUUUUACAAGAACUUUGCCUUCACCCUGGUGCACUUCUGGUAUGCCUUCUUCAACGGGUUCUCUGCACAGACAGUUUAUGAUACUUGGUUUAUCACUUGCUACAAUCUGAUCUACACUGCUCUUCCUGUUCUGGGCGUGAGUCUGUUUGAUCAGGAUGUGAAUGAAACAUGGAGCCUACGUUUCCCAGAGCUGUAUGAGCCAGGCCAGCACAACCUUUAUUUCAACAAGAAGUCAUUUGUGAAGUGUUUAAUGCAUGGGAUCUACAGUUCCUUUGUGCUGUUUUUUGUCCCCAUGGGGACCAUUUACAACUCAGAGCGCAAUGACGGGAGGGACAUCUCCGACUUCCAGUCCUUCUCUCUGAUAGUGCAGACUGCAUUGAUCUGGGUGGUCACAAUGCAGAUUGCACUGAAGACAACCUACUGGACAACAAUAAGCCACUUCUUCAUCUGGGGUAGCCUGGGUGCCUACUUUUGCAUCUUAUUGCUCCUGUACAGUGAUGGCUUGUGCCUAACAUUCCCCAGCAUCUUCCAGUUUCUAGGUGUGGCCAGGAAUACUAUGAAUCAGCCACAAAUGUGGCUGAGCGUUAUCCUCAGCGUAGUCCUCUGCAUAGUGCCUGUGAUUGGGUACCAAUUUCUCAAACCACUAUGCUGGCCCCUCAGUGUGGACAAGGUUUUUGACAGAAUUCAUCACUGCAUGAAACAUCCACAGCCACCUCCAGUCCACAUCAAACUGAAACAUGCAAGCUCUCGACGUUCUGCCUAUGCGUUCUCUCACCAACAGGGUUUUGGGGCCCUCAUCACUUCCGGCAAGACAAUGAAGUCCAAGGAGCCCAAGAAAAACAGCUUUUCUUUGAAAAAGUAG